CCUCGGGCAAAGGAGCUGGGAAGGAAAACCACAGCGUGAGAGAGCCCAGGAGCCUCCAGCCCAUCCUGCCCGCCAGCCCUCUCCUGAGGGAUCUGCCCUGAGGGGCUCCAGGACAGAGGGUCACCGAGGAAGGCUCUCUGCUUCACCAUGCAGGAUGAAAUUCUGCUGACUCCCCGCAGAGAAUCUGCUGUUGAGGACAUGGACCCCUUUGCCUCCCCGAAUGAAGAGAAAUGGGAUUUUGUCCUGGUGAGUGACAUCCACGAAAUGGGCAGUGAGAAGGAGAUCAAGAGGAAGAAGUUUCUGGAUGAGCUGAGCAAGAAGGGCUUCACCAUCAAGAAAAUUGAGGACACAAAGCUCUUUUAUGGAGUCCGUGCCCCGCAGCACAUCUUCUGGAAAUACCAGUGUCUCCUGACAAACCCCAACAGCAGGCAGCAAAACUCCAGUGCCCACCAGGAUGUCCCAGUGACCACCAGGAUACGGGUCGUGCACUUCAUCCUGCAGAACACUGUGACAUCCGACCUAGAGAAGCUGCGUGAUCUGAUGAAGAAGAAGGUGUUUGAGGCAGCCUUUCCCUUGCACAAGAAAGAAGACAUAAGGGAAAUACUAAAGAAGAAGUGGGCUCGCUGGAGAGUUCUCUUUAAGGAGCAGCCAAUUGAGGAGAUCAGGUGCUAUUUUGGAGAGAAGGUGGCCUUGUACUUCGCCUGGCUGGGCUGGUACACCUACCUGCUGGUUUUCGCUGCCCUGGCUGGACUGGCAACCGUCGCAGCUGGGGCUACUGUUUUCAGUUCCAGCCAGGUGAGCAAGGAGAUCUGUGAUGCCAACAACACCAUCAUGUGCCCGCUCUGUGACCAGAAUUGCUCGUUCUGGGUUCUCUCCGACACCUGCACCUACGCCAAGGUCACUCACAUGAUUGAUAAUGAGGCCACGGUGGUGUUUGCCAUCUUCAUGGCCAUCUGGGCCACUGUAUUCCUGGAGCUGUGGAAGAGGGAGAGAGCCACUGUGGCCAUCAACUGGGACCUGUAUGGAUGGGAUGAGGAAGAGGAGGAGCUGGCUCUGCAGCUGAUCAAUAACUCUCAGCACGAACCCCGGCUGUACCAGCACUCCUACUUGCGCAGCACCAUCGUCCUCGUCUUGGCUGUGCUGAUGAUCGUGGUGCUGAUCGGCAUCGCCCACGCACUCGUCAUCUACCGGGCGGUGGCCAUGGCACUGUUCACACAGAGUGAAGUGAACCUGCUGAGCAAGCACGCUGACACCAUCGCUGUGAUGACGGGGGCCGUGCUGCACUACGUCACCAUCGUCAUCAUGACCAAGGUGAGAGCCACAGGGGAUGUCUGGCAGGAUUUCUCCAUGGCCAGCCCUGCCCCCUGCUCAUCGUAUCCCUCUGUCCUGCAGGUCAACUGGCAAGUGGCCCUCUUCCUCUGCAGCCUGGAGAAACCGCGGACCUUCUCUGAGCAGGAGAACAACUUCACUGUGAAGAUCUUCAUUUUCCAGUUCUUCACAAACUUCUCCUCGCUCAUCUACAUCGCCUUCUUCCUGGGACGGAUCAAUGGCCACCCAGGGCACUACGUGCGCAUUGCUGGCCACUGGAGGCUGGAGGAGUGCCACCCCAGUGGCUGCAUCACCGACCUCUUCAUCCAGAUGGCUGUCAUCAUGCUGCUCAAGCAGACCAUCAGCAACAUCAUGGAGUAUCUCAUCCCCUGGGUAUCCCACCAGCUACGGAAGAAGAAAAAGUCCCCCAGGAAGAGAAGUGUGAUGUUAGGAGAGGAGGAGGAGGCAGAGGACCCCUGCAAAAGGCAGUGGCUGAACAACUACGAACUCAACGAGGUCAACGUCUUCAGCUUGUUCAAUGAGUACUUGGAGAUAGUGAUCCAGUACAGCUUCACCACCAUCUUCGUGGCAGCCUUUCCCCUGGCCCCGCUGCUGGCCCUCAUCAACAACAUCAUCGAGAUCCACAUGGACGCCAUCAAGAUGAUGCGGCUGUGCCGGCGCAUGGUGCCCAGAAAGGCCAAGGACAUCGGGAUCUGGCUGCAGGUCCUAGAGGCCAUCGGCAUCCUGGCUGUCAUCGGGAAUGGGCUGGUGAUCGCCAUCACCUCUGACUUCAUCCCUGUGCAGGUCUACAAGUACAUGUACAGCCCCUGCACAAGGGAGAACCACACCAGCAUGGAUUGCUCCACCGGGUACAUCAACAACAGCCUCUCCAUAUUCCACAUCCAGGACUUCGAGCCCCACACCAAGGUGCUGCCAGAAUUUAAUGGGGUCCAGAUUAAGGAGUGCAGGUACCGGGACUACCGGAACGCUGAUGACUACACCUACACCAUCCAGUUCUGGCACAUCUUCGCAGCCCGGCUCGCUUUCCUCAUCCUCUUCGAGCACGUGGCUCUGUGUGUAAAGCUGAUCGCAGCCUGGUACAUCCCCGAUGUCCCCCAGAAGGUCAAGAAUCAAAUUCUGAGGGAAAAACACAGUAAUCUCCGUGAUGAACUGAGCAUGAUGGAAUACUCCACCGAGGUGUAGCCACCGCUCACCAAGGAGAAGGAGAACAUGGACUCGAGCCCCUUUCCCAGCCUGGCAGUGCCAGGGGUGCCAGAUGAGCCCCACGACACA